GGAAGAUCGUCUUGACGAUCUUUUAAGAGGACGGACUACAUUACUUGGGAUGAAUAUUUCAUGGGUAUAGCACUCCUAUCUGCAGAACGCAGUAAAGAUCCCAAGCGCCAGGUCGGUGCGUGUAUAGUUAAUAACGAGAAGAAAAUCGUCGGCGUUGGAUAUAAUGGUUUGCCCUACGGAUGCGACGAUGACAAAAGUUUAGUUCUGACAACUGGACAAAUGGAGAGAACGCGGAGUACAAGUAAACUGUCUAGGAGAACGCUUUGUCAAGAUUGGGACGAGUAUUUCAUGGCUCAGGCAGUCUUAACUGCGAAACUUAGCAGGAAUCCUGACAACCAGGUCGGCGCAUGUAUCGUUAAUAAUAUAAUGGUAAUCGUCGGCACUGGGUAUAAUGGUGAGCUUUGGAAACGUGAUGACUAUGAGUUCCAACGGCACACUUACCCGAGAGGCACUUCAGAUGCACAACUAAAUUUUGCGCCCCACGCGGAAAUUAAUGCAUUGCACUACAGAAAUUCGAUCAACGUUGCAGAUUGCACGAUUUAUGUCACUUUAUUUCCAUGCGAAAACUGCGCAAAAGCGAUAAUACAUUCUGGCAUAAAGAAAGUGGUGUAUCUGUCGAAUAAGAACGUCUGCAAUUACAAAACAAUGAAUGCGGAGAAUCUGUUUGAUUCUAAUGGUGUUACGUACAGGCAAAUGAACAAGAAGAUAGGAAUUAACUUUAUUGAUAUCGACUGAAACAGGACGAAUCAAACACCGCAGACUCCAAUGAAUGGCGAGGGUCAAAGGAGGGAAGUCGAAGUUGGAAACAUUAUUCAGCAUUAUUAUCAUUACUGGCGUACACAAUUAUAAUUUGGAUUAUUCAGCGUAUUUUAUAUAAUCCAAAUUAUUAUGUUUAUGUUUUGAUUAUACAGGGUAUCCCGAAUUAAAAUGUCCAAACUUCGGGAGCGUGUAGGGGAUGAUAAAUCAAAAAUAAAAAGUCCUUUAGAGA